GGAAAAGUCACGGAACUCUAUUUCACGCAUGCGUACUGUGAUUCUCCACCAGGGUGUCGAAUCAGGCAGCGACAAACGCUUGUGUUCGCGUUAUUAAUUAGCAUUUUUUAUUUUUUUACGACUGAAUAAUGGAGGAGUUCAAUUCCGGAGAUGAGGUUGGAUUCAGUCCUGACGACGCAAGUAAUGCAGUUAAAGAGUGCAUCGAGGGUGUAAUCGGAGGUGUGGACUACAGCCAAAAUAAAGUGAACCAGUGGACAGCGAGCAUUGUGGAGCACUCUCUCACUCAGCUGGUUAAACAGGGGAAAGCAUAUAAAUACAUCGUUAACUGCACUAUAAUGCAGAAGAGUGGCGCAGGUCUCCACACAGCUAACUCCUGUUACUGGGACACGACCACUGACGGAAGCUGCACAGUCAGAUGGGAGAAUCGCACCAUGUACUGUGUAGUUUGCGUGUUUGCCGUCGCUUUGUGAACCAGAGCCGCCUGCAGCACGCCAUGAGACCGCCCCACACACACACCCCAGGUGGCAUAAUGAACUCCUUUCAGCCUCAUGAAGCAGUGUUGUUCCAGCCCUGUGUUGUUGGGUUAAGGAUCAAGCAACCUGAGAGAGGUCACCUGACCAGUACUUUAAUAUUGUAACAUAACUGCUUGUGUUUGCCAUUCAUCAUUUUUAACUCCUAACAUUUUUGAGUAGAUUGUAAAUGCGUAGCGCAGUCGUUAGCAAACGUGUUUGUUCACUUUGGUGAGUUAAAUUCAGUGUUGUGUAACUGAGGAUAUGAAAUUCCUUAAUAAAUGACUAGAAAAUAUACAAGGAAUUGAAUCAGAUAUGAACCCGAUUUGUUGAUUAUUUUACAUUUUGUUUUUGAAGUUGUGUAUCCAACAGUUCUUGUACAAGGUUUAUAGCAAGUUGUAGAUGUCAAGUUUAAAUCAGGUAUUACAUUAAUUUCCAGAAAGAGAACAAAUUGAUAUUUGUAUUAUAUCAGCAAAGCAUUAAAAGUCUCUACUUGUGUGCAAAAAAAUAAAUCUCACCAUAUCCUGUGUCUGAUAAGAGCACAACUGUAACAACAAAUAGCAAAAUGUUUUGCUUUUAAUGAUUACUUUUUCUUUAUUUAUGAAUGGCUUAAGAAUAAAGAUGACUUGUGUCCUUCACAUUUAA